GUGUCCCUAUUUCAUCGGAAACGUUAAAAGAGCCCAAAAAAGAAGGGUUAACUAGUCUGAUUGGGGCUAUUAAAAGGUUAAUGGUAAACAACUACCCGGCCGCAUGCAUGGCAAUUGGGGGGGCUGUGAUGUCMCUUGGGUAUACUAAAAUUCACAAAAAAAAUUCAUCGUGCCCAGUAGUCCUACUAACUGGGGACACUGAGACUGGGAAGUCAACAAUUUUACGUUGUUGUAUGUCCCUAUUCAGCGACAAAAACAUAAGAGACUACACUGGUAAGAAGGCGCUCCAAAUGGCAACGCUGAACCACAUGCCAUUUGGAUGGGAUGAUCCUAGUUCCGCAUCAGAUGUUGCAGAGGUUGUACAAGGGUUAUUUAAUGGG